AUGGCCUCCCUCAAUGGUGAUGCACGUAGCAGUGCGCCGGUAUGCCUUGUCACAGGAGGCGCGUCGGGAAUGGGGCUUGCCGUGGUCGAGCAUCUCCUGAAGCUGGGCUGGAAUGUAGCGAUUGUCGACUACAACGAAGCGACUGGACAGGCCGUCGCGAAGAAGUUGGGACCGCAAGCUAUUUUCAUCAAAGCAAACGUCGCAGACUACGAGGAGAUAGCGGCGGCGUUUGCUCGAACGUGGAAAGAAUGGAAACGCCUUGACGCGGUCUACGGCAAUGCUGGCAUCGGCGACCGGAUCAGCUUCUACGCACAGCAGGAAGAUCGCGAAGACGGCACACCCCCAAAGCCCAACACCGCCGUGAUCGACAUCGACCUCUACGGCCCCAUCUACUGUGCCUGGCUAGCGUUCCACUUCUUCCGCAAGAACCCCGACAAGGCCGGCAAGCUCAUCUUCACAUCCAGCAUGGCGGGAAUCUACACCGGGGGCACCGUGCCGCUGUAUUCGGCUGCCAAGUCUGGGGUUGUCGGACUGACGAGAUCCUUGGGCGACCGGCUCAAAGAACUCGGGGAGCCCAUCACCGUGAACUGCAUAUGUCUCGUCCACACGGCCCUGACCAAGAUUUACUCCUUCACCUGCCCGGAGGAGUAUAUCACACCGGCCUCGACCAUCGUCAAGGCGUUCAUGAGUUUCAUUGACGAUAGCAGUCUGACCGGGCAGGCCGCGGAAUGCAGUGGUGAGAACAUUCAUUACCGGCAGCGGCCGGAGUUUAGCGACGACAAGGCCGCGUUUAUUUGUGGCGGCGGGCUAGGUGAGGCCAUGUCCAAGUUGAGUGUCAAGCUCUAUUGA